CGCCGCGUUAAAAGCCAUCUGACUGUCAGCUGCAGUGGAGGAUUCUCCACAAAGCUAAAAGGCAUGUCUGAGAAUGUGGAAAUCAAAUAAAGACACGGCUUGGAGACCAGCCAGCGGCACUCGGCAGAGAAUCCGAGACGCCUUUCUCUACUGCACCGGCGACAUGACCGAGUUCCGGAAACUCAUGAAUGAAAAGCCCUUUGCGAUGCAGUUGGUAGAAUGGAGUUUCCGCGGCAUGGCGCAGGUCAUCAUGGUGGACAACCCCCUGAGCGGAGUCCUGGUCCUGGCCGCCCUGCUCGUGGAGAGCCCCUGGCAGGCUGUGCUGGGAAUUCUGGGCUUGCUGGCAUCCACCUUCACUGCCAUCAUCAUCGGGCUGGACAGUACUGAGGUGACCAGGGGUCUCCAUGGCUGCAAUGGGAUGUUGGUGACACUCCUCAUGGGAGUCUUCAGCUCCAGUGGGGACUGGUACUGGUGGCUGCUGGUGCCGGGGUGCCUUGCUGCAGCCACAUGCACAUUCCUCCACAGUGGACUUAGGCCCCUACUUGAUCCCUGGGACCUGCCCGUCAGUGUGUUCCCCUUCAACACCGUCAUCCUGCUCUACCUCUCCUGUACCGGCAGCACCAACCCCUACUUCCCUCACCACCCCGCUGAGAGACCGGUGGCACCAGAGCAUAGCAACAACACGCAUCUCCAGGGUCUGCAGCUCCUGCAGGGGGUGGUGAGGGGUGUGGGCCAGAUUUAUGCCUGUGAGGAGCUCUGGCCCUCGCUGCUCAUCCUCCUGGCUGUGCUCAUCGGCUCCCCCCUGCUCUGCAUCCACGCCUUGCUGGGCUCUGGGGCAGGAUUGCUGGCAGGGCUCUCAGUAGCAGUUCGCUGCACUUGGCUGUACGCCGGUCUUUCUGGCUUCAAUGGGGCCCUGGGCUGCAUGGCUGUUGGGGGGCUGUUCUUCAAGUUCAACUGGAAGACCCACCUUCUGUCCAUCACCAGCGCUUUUCUCUCUUCAUAUGGAGACAUUGCCCUAAGCAACCUUCUGGGAACCGUGGGCCUCCCAGCAUGCAGUUGGGCGGCCACGCUCACAGUCUCACUAAUGCUGCUGCUGACGGCUCACAAUCUGUCCUCGUACCGGAUUCCCCUUGGUCGUGUAAUGUUUCCAGAGACACACCAGGAGGCACAAGCCCACCGGGCUGGAGCAGACAUGCAUAGCACUGAUGUUUAGUGGGCUGUUCAUGCUCACACACGUACAAUAAUAGAAUACAGGGAACGUAAUGACUGCAUGGCAGUAGAUUCCAGUUCUGGAUAUAAAAGCACCUCCUGAGAAACUAUGCACAGUGUUUGGUCAAGAAAUGCUGCCGAUUCUUGUAGUACCACACGCCAGUUCCCUGCUACCCAAGGGUACUAUUAGCACUAGCGUUUUAAAAUUAUAGACUGUCCCUGAAUUAUUACUAAGUUCCAUUCUGAGAAUGAGAUUGGGAGAAGCGUGUAAGGCUGGGACAGUACCGUUGCCGUACAGUAUUUUCCCACAGCAACUGUCAUGCGGUGUGGUUAACGUGCCCUAGGCAGAGUAGGGCUGCUAGACGUGCUGGUUCUUUUUCUCGAACUUCGCUCAUAUAUGCGAGUUCUUGUAAGCUGCAUAGAUUGUAAGUCGGGGACGAUCGUCAGUGUUCAGUUGAGUAUAACCUGGAACACAAUAUAGCAUUAUCCUUUCAUGGUGCUACUUGAACAGCAGUACUACAUCAGUCUAAUGCAUAUGUGGACAUGUGAAAUUUAGACACCAUUUAAUGUGAGCUAAAUUUCUGUUAAUGACUUUCCAUGUUGUUGUCAAUGGAACCCGCGUCCCAUAAAACGGGGGUGAUUCUGUUACAAUCGUAUGUUAUUUUGAAAUGUACUUAUUAUGUAACGCAUAAAAUGGAUAACAUUGUAUAACAUUACAUGAUUACAUAAGCUGUUAAUUCAAAUUAGUACUGUGAAAAAUUGUGACUGUGAUUGUUACUGCAAAAAUGUAAUACAUUUAUUGACAUUUUUGAGAAAAUGUAAAAACUGCACAGCCGUCUGCCUGGUACUUGUAUCCCCACCCCCUCAUGAAAUAUUUCACCAUGAGGAAUUCUAGAGUAGGAGCCUCCGCCCCCCAUUGCGAGGUUUGACUCCAGAGCCCACCUGUGUGGUUGACCAUCUACCUGACACAUAACAUCCCAGGUGUGAUUCAUCUGGAAUUCUUGCUCAUGCUUCCCACCAUGACCUACGACCUUCAGCCAGUGAGCUAACGUCUCCAGGCGGCAUUUCCACUGAGCCUGCCGGGUUUACAUGGUGGUCUGACUAUCAGAUGUUUGCUAACACACACUGCCCCCAAACCUGGCUCAAAGGGUGAGUCACAGCACCCCCCUUCAGAGCAUGGUAUUUUAGAUUUUCUUGAUCUCUCGCAGGGGCAUUUAUUCUUAUUAUUAUUAAUCUAGCUUCUGCCUAUAAACCAGCCAGAUAACUUGUCUUAUUUAAGGUAGUCUGGGCUACUGUAAAUGUAAGUAAACGAAGAUAAGGUCCAUUUAAACUGGGGCAAUAUAAAUCCUACAGGUUAUCCAGCCAAGCAAGAAAUCCUGCUUCAUGAUACAGGCCACUGGGGUCUUUAAUGGACACCAUCUUCGUUCACUUUCGUUCGGCCCAGACUACUUUAAAUCCGACAAUUUAUCCGGCUAAGCAAAAAAGACCUGUGGCCUGUAUUACAAAGCGGGGUUACUGGCUUA